AUGUCACCUGGAGCGAGUGAGCGCGGCGUGGAACGCGAGUCGCGACCCCGGAUCCCGGCGGGGGAGAGCGGCGGCCUUCGCGCCGCACGGGACAGGAGGGCUGGGUGGACUGCGGGGUGGGGAUCAAGGCUGGAUUUUUCAGGCGGGGGCGGCCCCUGGAGAGAUGCGUGCGGGGUGGAAGGUGAGGUGAAACCCCGGUCGGCCAGACUACCUUUUCCCUCAUCCCCACGCGCGCCUCGGGGAACUGCACGCGGCACCCCACCCCCGCCUCCCACGCAGACGGCGGUGAGGCCUGCAGGGCUCCCCCGGCGGACGCGGCUAAUGGUUCGCUCCGCCCGGCCCACACAGAGCCCGCCCACUGGCGCCUCCUGCAGCGUCUCAGAUGGGCUACCGGGGGAAGGCACCGUCUGCAUCCAAACUCCCUUAAGGGUAGGGGGCGUCGUCAGCGGUCCCGCCCCCACACGCAGAUCCAGCCUCCACCCGGAGACCUGUCGCCGGAAGCGGCCCGCCUCCGCCAUCACAUUUAAGGACACGGUUCUCCCUCAGCCUUCCGACUCUGAAAAGGGCGUCUCUGGUUGGGUCUUUGACCUCAGCCCCUGCCCGCCCCCGCUCCCUCAGGCAUCCUAA